AUGGGCUGCUGCUUCAGUAAAGAGCUCAACCCCGGCCCACAGGCUGAGACCAGCAGUUUAUUACAGCCGGCGCUCCACCACGGGUCGACUGAGGUGACGGAGCAGGUCAGGCAACACGCCGCCACUCUGGCUAAACAUGUGUCCCUACGAGAGGAGACUCCGUCCUCAAGGACACUUCACGAAGACAAGGGACGACGUCCAGGAGUGGAAGUUUGUGUUGACGACCAGAACGUCACUGUGCCGAGCGAGAGGGAGGAGGAGGAGGCUAUUAUUAUCACAGCCGGCACAGAUAUACAUUCAAACAUGGACACAGAAGCAGGUGUGGUCCAUGCGGCUGUGCUCGGCUGCGAACCCGCACCCUACAUGGAGGUACUCACUCAGAAUCCAGUCACACAGAAGGUGGUUGAGAACGCCAGGUCCUCCUGUGUCGGUCAGGAGCAGCACAGAGUGAGCAGGUGCGGCUCAGCUCUCACCAGGUUUCCUGAUCCUGGACGCGUCACAGCGAGGGCAGAGCCAGAGGACGAGCCGACUCAGAGUCAGGGGAUGGCGCGGCGGCAGGAUUCUCGUGGAGCUGAGGACCACGAGGAGGACGAGGAGAUCUACGUGGUCACCACGCUGUGUCAGGGUGUGGAAACGAGGACCCGCAGCUUCUACAGCAUAUGUUCCAUCGACACAGCUGACCUUGAACACGAUCCCAGUUACACCCAAACAGCUGGUGCAGAAACAGCUCUCUUCCUCUGCAGAGCAGCAGAUCUGUCUUUAGGCCCCGGCCAGUCAAACGCAGAGGAAUCUGGGGUCCACAUAUACGUCGUACAACCUAAAACCACCAGCUGCUCAUGUGACGAAGAAGCAGACACUCCUGAUCAGUCUCUGACCGUCCUGUCACAUGAUUCACUCACCUCACCUGGGCUUCCUCCUCCACAGCUGCCUGACCUUGUUCCUCACCCUGACCCUGAACCUGCUUCUCACCCUGAGCCUCUUUCUGGACCUGCUUCUCACCCUGUUCCUUACCUUGAACCUGUUUCUCACCCUGAACUUGUCCAUGACCCUGAUUCUGGACCUGUACGUGACCCUGAAGCUGAACUUUUUUCUGACCCUGAACAUGACCUGCUGCCCACCUCCAGUCCUCAAACAGAAACUGAGGAUCUGAAUCACCUGGUGACUGUAAAGGCUGCAGAAGGAUCCACAGAUGAGAGGAUGAGUGAAGCGAUUGAGGAGGAGCAAAGAGGAGGAGAGGUUCAUGUCACAGAGGAGCAGAGUGUGGACUUGGAGGCCCACAAACCUGCAAAGGGAUUUUUUAUGGACAAAGAGCACAAAGUGGUCAACCUCCAAAGUCCACAAGCCACGAAAGAGUCUCCUGAACUCAUCACAUCCUGUCAGAGCCUCAGCCCUUCAGAACUCAAACUGUUGCAGAGACAGCAGAGCAAGGUGGAUUCAGCAUCCCUGCAGAGCCGGUCUGUCCCCGUGAACAUCUGCAGAAGCAGCAGUGAUGAAGGUGUUGUCCACAGAGGCACAGAAGACACUGAGGUGUCGUCCAUUUCCACCAUCUCCACUGUGUCAUCACUGCCCAGCCAAGUGGAUUCCUUCUCCUGCCACACCAACCUCACUCCCACCUCAGGUUUACCCGAAACCCCUUCAGGUUUACCUGAAACCCCUUCAGGUUUACCUGAAACCGCAUCAGGUUUACCCGAAACCGCAUCAGGUUUACCCGAAACCGCAUCAGGUUUACCCAAAACCGCAUCAGGUUUACCCGAAACCACCUCAGGAUUACCCGAGACCACAUCAGGUUUACCCGAAAUCACAUCAGAUUUACCCGAAAUCACAUCAGGUUUACCCGAAACCACAUCAGAUUUACCUGAAACCACAUCACAUUUACUUGAAACCACAUCACAUUUACUUGAAACCACAUCAGAGAAAUGUGAUGUUAAUUCAAACGAUCCCACUUUUGAAUUGAACAGCAUUGAGACACAAAGUCAGGAUUCAGAACUCCAGUUUCCUGAAUCUGUUCAAGCUAAUUCCAGCUUUUAUGCAGGUGAGAAACAGACCUGUGAAGUGACGUCUGUCCAGGAUGUGGUCCUGAGCGCAGGUGAUGGACAGGAAGUUGGAAAUCCAAGCUGUGAACUUGUAGAGGAACCUGAUGUUUCAGUUUAUUUAACUAAAAGUGGCCCAGAUGUGUUAUCAGCUUUAAGUCCAAGCUUCAAUCUUCAGGAUGUUGUUGAGUGUGAGAGUGAAAGUUGUCUCCUUCACUCUCCUUCUGCUGAAAGCAGCUCUCCUGUUGUCACUUCCUCCUCCUCCUCCUCCUCCUUGCUUCCUUCUUCGUCAUCUCCUUGUGCAUCUUUUGAGAAACAUACUUCAGUGAGUAGAAGCAGCAAAAUCCAGAUUAAAGUAAAUUCAGCAAAGUCUGAGUGUGUGGAGGAGGAAGAGGAAACGGCUUUCCAGCAGACUCAGACUGACCUCGUCUCCACGUCACAUGAAAAGCAUCUGUCCUUCUGUCCUCCAUUGUCCUUUGAACCCACAGAAAUAUUGAACCGUCAUGUCCACCAGGACAGAGCUGCAGAAACAUCUUGUGUCUUGUCCACAGAGACUCAGAGUGAAGACGCUGAAGUUUGUGACAUGUACACGACUCCGACUGUCUUCACCGGUGAAGGUGAAGGACCUGUGGGAUUCGAUGGUGAAGAGAACCUCUCCAUGAUCACGGUGGACCCCGGUCAGAUCGACGUCUACGCCUCGCUCCCGUCUUACGAGAUCCACUUCCAGGGUCAUGCGGUCGCCGAGGAGGGAGAGGGUGAGGGAGGGAUGAGGGAGAUGGUGUCGGAGCUGCUGGGAGAAGACACUGACUUGUCCGUGUGCCGCCUCUACCCUCACCCAUGGAUCAGGCUGGGCCUGGAGGACGCCUGUGAGGAGUGGGCUCGGGGCGUGGUCGAGGCUGACGGUGCACCGGGGGAUGGCGUGGAGCAGAUCCCGGCCUCGGUGUCGGAGUUGCAGCCGUCCAUGGCUCUGCUCGGAGCAUUUCCCUACAGCACUGUGAUGCCGCAGGGCUCGUGUGUGUGGGAGUGGCACACAGACUGUACUCAGUCUGAACCUGUUGCUGCUCCAAGCCUCAACCCGGACGCCGAGGUCUGGACCAGUCACGACUAUAACGUGGACAUCCAUGGCUCUGCCUACCCUGAGGUUCAGCGGCCGUGGCUGCAGUUGAGCGACGCUGUGACCGACCCCGCAGGGUUCGUGUCAGAGUUCCGUCUGGAGGACAUGGGUCUCGUCGAGGUCGUUGCCGAUCCCACAUCAGUGGAGUUUAAGAUCCUGAGCGGUGAAGCACCUGUGGUCAACGGAGAGUCCACUCGUCCUCCUGUGACAGAUGAAGUCAAAGAAGAGCUGAGGACAGUUUUGGAAUCCUGCCUGAACAGCGAGCAGCUCAGCAGUGACCUGUACCUCAAGUCUCAGAUGGACAGUGACCAGUACGUCCCCAUCUCAACCAUCGCCAGCCUUGACAAGGUGAAGAACCUCUGCACGGACGUGGAUGUCCUCUCCGACAUCCUGAAAUUGCUUCCUCUGGUCCAGGUGGCGCCGUGUGGACAGAAGGUCCGGCCCACGCAGGGUCGAUGUGUCCUCAUCCUCCGUGAAAUCCCCGACACCACACCACGUGAGGAGGUGGAGUCUCUCUUCCAUGGAGACAAUCUGCCCAAGUUCGUGAGCUGCGAGUUUGUAAAUAACGACAACUGGUUCAUCACCUUCAAAUCUGAAGCUGACGCACAGCAGGUCUUUAAAUAUCUCAGAGAGGAGGUGCGUGUGUUUCAGGGGAAACCGUUGAUGGUCAGGAUCAAAGCAAAGACCAUGACGGUUCCUUCGUACUCGCCCAAAAACGGCUACAGGUGCCCCCCGCUGGACCAGUGCAACAACAACUACGGCCUGUACUACACCAGGAACGACUACCAGCAGCCGUACUCGGCCCACAUGACACGGGCUCAGGUGUACGACCUCACCGGUGACGUGUGGAUGUCAGGAUUCAAACACUCAGAGCCUCUGACAGUGAGCGAUCUGAUGACCGGAUUUCCAGGACCGUUCUUCAAACCCCGGAACCCUCACAGGCCCAGAAGAGGCUCCAGGUGGUCCAGCGCCGCAGACCGCCGUCACAUCGCUCACAGUGACUCCUCGCCCGCAGCAGAGCAGACGCCGCCAGAGCGUCCCUCCACUCCGUCCAGGCCCGGCCGAGGUCGGUCGUGGAGCAACGCGCGCAGUCAGAGCCGAGGAGGGAGGGCGGAGCCUAACAAGCAGCCUGUGAACGGCUCGUCUGAGUGGGCAAGGAAAGGAAAUGGUCAGAGGAGGAGAAACAACCCGAGAUCAAGGGACAAAUCUUCAGAGGACGCUCAGUCUCCUCCCCGUCAGCCGUCUCCUCCUCUUGAGCUCGGGCUGACCAGUUUCCCUCCUCUUUGCGCCGCAAAUGCUGCCAUAGCAACCGAACUCACAGUGAACGACAGCAGCAAGGGUCCAGUGAAGAGCAGCAGCUCCUGUCAAUCAUCGUCCACACCUUCACAGGAAGCACAGAGCGACUCACAGCUGAACGUGGAGGAGUGUUCAGAGACGACCAGCGAGGCCAAAGCCUCUCAGCAAACACACCAUCCAGUCACAGAAGUCAAAAAGCUAAGCUACGCUCAAAUCUGCCAGAAAGCACCAGCGUCGUCCAGUGACCCGGCCCCCCCUGCUGACCACGCCUCCUCAGAGGCGGGGUCGACAUAACCAGCCCGAGCCACACCUCCGGUCCCAGCUCUGUUACCACAGUGACCAGAAAAGAUGGGGAUUUGUUUUGUUUUGUUGUAAAAACGUAUGAUUGUAGGUAUGAGUGUGAAACUCCGCCCAUGCUGAGCACCGAGGGGGCGGGGCUGUUAACGCCCGCUGCCAUCUGACAUUUUGGGUCGGCGUGGAUCCUGAAGUGUGUUGACUUUGUUUUAAAAUGGAAACAGGAAAGGAGCGUGUUUGUCUGUCUGUGGUUGAGUUAUUUCAGGGCUAGGUUCCAUUUAGUUUUUGUCUGGUUUUGCUGACGAACACCGACGCUUCUUUCUUUCUUUGUUUCCUCACCUGUUUGUGUGUGUGUCAGUGUGUGUGUGUUGGUUGUUUUAAUUUCCACACGUUUGUGUCAUGGUUUGGUCCACAGGGGGGCGCUGUGGGCGUUUUUUUCUCGUUAAAUGUGACUCAGUUUGUUUGAUUUCAGAUCACACCUUUGUAUCUGUGUCAGGAAUUCAAAUUUAAAUUAAAAAAAGAAAAAAGAGAGUAUGUUGAGUUUGACAAAAGCACUGAAUACCAAACCUUUAUUUGUGCAUGAUUUUUUCAUUUUUAUUUAUUUAUUUAUUUCCUUUUAGAAUUUAAAGUGAUAGAUCAGGUUUUGUGUGUUAGACACUGAAAACAUGACUGCCUAAACAAAUAUACAGCAGUAAUGACACGUUCAUAUCUUUAUAAUCCACUCACUCUCCCACAUUAAAGUCCAUAGAGAAAAUCAGUGAUUUUAGC